AUGUUGCUCUCCGCCCUUGUACUGCUGGCAUCAGCUGCCGCCGUCAACUCCGCAACUCUGCCAGACAUUCCCCUGAUCAAGCCGGGCGACCUCAUCGCCAAAGAGACCGCGCAGGGCGGCUUCAUUGUCCAGCUGAAGAACGAUGCCUCGCUCACAAAGCGCCUCGACAGGAGGAGUCCCCACGAGCGCUUCCACAAGCGGGCAUCCCUGGGGCUCGACUACAAGGUCCGCAACGAGUUCACCAACGACAAGCUCUUCUACGGCGUCUCCAUCCAGCUCAGCCAGAACAAGACCACGGACGAGGUCCAGAGCAUCCUGAGUGACAUCCCGGAGGUUAAGGCUAUCUGGCCCAUCCGCCAGGUGUCUAAGCCGUCUCCGGCGAUCGCUCCUGAUUUCUCGGCUUUUGCUAGCGAGAAUGCCAACACUGUGAUGGCUAGCUAUGGCAACUGGACGCCCACUGAUGAUAGUCCCGUUUUGCCUUAUAUCAAGGGAGCCAAUGUCCAGUCAACACACAAGAUGGCCGAUGUUGACAAGCUCCAUGAUAUGGGUGUCAAGGGUAAAGGAAUUAAGAUUGGCGUUGUUGAUACGGGUGUGGACUAUCGUCAUCCAUCCCUGGGUGGUGGAUUUGGGCCCGGCUUCAAGAUUGCGGGAGGCUACUCUCUCGUAGACGACGCUUGGUAUGGCCAAAGGGAUCCCAUUGAGAGCCCUGACCCAUUGUCCACCUGCAGCUCAAAUGCACAUGGCAGCCACACAUCGGGCAUUAUUGGUAUGCAGGAUCCUGUAGAUACAGGCUUUGGGAUCAGCGGCGUGGCUCCCGAGGCAACUCUGUACAUGUAUAAGGUCUUCAGCUGCAUGACGUCCAGCACUGCCGAUGAUAUCGUCAUGAAAGGCAUGAUCAAGGCAGCGGAGGACGGUGUAGAUGUCAUCAGCAUGUCUCUCGGCUUCACAUCAUACUUUGUGGCUAACUCUCCGUACACCGAUCUCAUCAAGGCAAUUAUCGACCAAGGAAUCGGUCUUGUCGUCUCUAACGGAAACGACGGAGACCUCGGCCUCUAUGCUGAGUCGUCGCCCGCCGAUGGUGAAGGCGUCAUUGCCGUAGGCUCUGUGACAAAUGAUGUGUUUCCAGUUGUGUACACUGGCAAGGAUUCUACAGGCUCGAGUUUCGAGUACGGCUCUGUCUGGCCUCUGGAUGCUCCUGAACUGAAGGUGUACCACCAUGGUAGUGAGUGCACCUAUGCAGCAUGGCAAGCAACUGGUGCAGCUGUAGCCAAGUCCAACACUACUAUCGUGGUCGCAGAAAUAGGAAGCUGUGCACUGGGCACACAAAUGAGCGGAGCAUCUGCAUUUGGAAUACAGUAUCUCCUUGCAUAUAACCUAGAGAGUCUCGAUCCCUCUCCGUUUGCCGAAGAUAUUGAGACUCAAAUUCCGUUCCCAAGCGUUGCCACGAUCGUUGUCAACUCCACUGCUGGUGCGCAGAUUGUGAAGAAUCUCCAGGCCGAUUCGUCAUACAAGCUCAGCUUCACCAGCCCGGCUGCCACUAGCAUGGAGCUGCUUACUGGCGGAAUGAUGAGCAACUUCUCCAGUUUUGGUCCUUCAUGGGAUACGCUCCUGGUGAAGCCUUCACUCUCGGCCCCUGGCGGAAAGAUUCUGUCAACAUGGCCUCUGGGCCCCUCUGCUGGUUACGCGAUCAUCUCCGGCACAUCCAUGGCGGCUCCUUUUGUUGCUGGAUGCUAUGCCCUUGUCAAGUCACAGUACCCUGAUCUUUCUGUGGCUGAGAUCGGCAGUUUACUCCAGUCAACCGCAACGCCGAUGUCAUAUGUCUAUGAUAAGUCGAUUCUCUCAAGUGUUGCACACCAGGGCGCUGGAAUAGUCAACCCCUACAAAGCCAUCACGUACGGUACACUAGUAACUCCAUCUCAAGUCAGUCUAGGUGACCUAGAUGAUUACACUCGAAACCCGUACACCAUCAGCAUUACCAAUAAGGCGACCUCGGGGAAGAAAGUCUUCCAGAUCACACACCAAGGAGCGGGAUACGUCGAAGUAUUCCCAUACCCCGACCUUCUUGACCCCAACUCUUGGAACCAGCUGGGUCAGCCUCAAUAUUCUACCUACGCCACUGCCCGCUUCUCCCAGACUAGAAUCACCGUGCACGCAGGUGAGACGCUGGAGUUCCGAGCGUAUAUUGCCAAGACUGUUCUUACGGAAGACCAAAUUGCAAAAACACCUCUUAUUUCUGGCUUCUUCCAGCUCACGUCUGAUGAAGAGACUCAUACGAUUCCAUAUCUUGGGACACCGUACUCUCGUCAAGACGAGUCUGCUUUCGACACUUCUGUCUUCUCUUAUGAGGAUGCUGAUGGUGUGACCUAUUCUGCAGCACAGCCUUUCGUGUACUGCGGAACCUGUCUCAGCAGAGCACCAAACACCGGAUAUGCCGAGUACAACGGUACUGACUGGUACUUCCCCACGGUAUGGUUCAACAUCCGAACUGGCUUCCAGCAUUUCCAGACCAACAUCGUCCCCGCCAACACCACAUUCAAGCCCACUCACCACGGUGGAAGCCCUGCCAAGAGCUCUGGGUAUAAGUACAUGGACCCUGGUAUCACUCCUCAUGAUACCUGGAUGGGCAUGCCCAGCUAUGGAUGGAUCCCAGACAAGACGCAGUACAACAAUUACGCGCCGAGAGAGGACACUCCGUUCUCGUUCCCGUAUCAGUCAUACUCUCCUUUCCUUUGGGGAGCUGCUUGGUACCACACAAUCGGUCCGGACGGCAACACAUUUGAAUAUCUGCCUAAUGGAGAUUAUCGAUUCCUCAUGUCGAUUCUCAAGCCUGGCUCCGACUAUGAUGAUUGGUCGCAGUGGGAAACAUAUUUGGGUCCUGUCAUGAGACUCGUGGGUGACAAUUUCUAG